AUGCGCAUCCGAGGUUUUCUUCGUGGUGUGAGAGAAGCUACCUUCUCUGAAAGAGUAUGGCGGUUCGAUUUGCACGCAUUCAAGAUCCCCGAUGAGAUAAAGAUGCAUCUUCAAGAACAGGUGUUGCAGGUGGUGCGUGCGCCAUUGUGGAAGGUCGGCAGUUCAGGGACCAUGAAGUCCGUCAGCAAAGGAUUGAUUGGGCAGGGCAAGGAUGGUCCUGGGUUCCGAACCCGAACCCGCAAGGGUUGUUGUCCCUCUCAGCCAAAGGGCCUGGGAGAGGACGGCGACCACUUUGAAGAAACGGUCGCCGACGUCGGGGAACUGCCGGAACGCACGGGCAUCACCGAGAGUGGAUACCCCUUCUUCACCGGGAUGGAUUACAUCUCUCGGGGGCUUCCGGACUUCAUGCUCUCUAGAUUAUGGAUUCAUGGACGGCGAGGAUUAACAAAACCACCAAAACUAGCCGAUGAACCGGAACCCACAAUCCACGAGAUCUUUGAGCCGGUCACAGGCACAUGGCAGUACAUCGUAGCCGAUCCUUCAACCCAAGCCGCAGUGAUCAUCGACUCCGUCUUGGAUUUUGAUCCAGCAAAGAACGCCAUCUCUACACAAACAGCCGACGGCCUUCUCGACGUGGUAAAAAAGAAUGGAUACAAUGUUGUCAAUAUCCUAGAGACACAUGUCCACGCCGACCACUUGACGGCAUCCAAAUAUUUACAGUCUCGGCUGCGGGAGGCACAGGACGGCGCCGCCCCCAAGAUCUGUAUCGGUAGACGGAUCGGGGAUGUGCAAGAGAGGUUCGCUGAGAAGUAUGGCAUUCCCAAAGACGAGUACGCCAAUGCCUUUGACCGACUGCUCGACGACGAUGAGGUCUUCGAGAUUGGAGACCUCAAGGCCAAGGCCAUCCACCUGCCGGGCCAUACCCCCGACCACAUGGGCUACAUGAUCGGAGCAAACGUCUUUGCGGGUGACUCCCUCUUCAAUCACGAUGUCGGGUCCGCGCGGUGCGACUUCCCCGGUGGUAAUGCCCGCGACCUCUUCGCGUCGGUCCGCCGGCUGCUCGAUCUGCCAGAGACCACCAAGAUCUGGACAGGGCACGAUUACCCGCCGGCCCACCGAGGGCCCCUGGCGGCGACGGAAGUGGCGAAGCAAAAGACCGAGAACAAGCACCUCGCGCAGAACGUGACGGAGGAGGACUUUGUCAAGUGGCGCGAGGAGAGGGACUCAGGGCUCGGGGAGCCUAGGCUCAUGCACUGGGCGCUGCAGGUCAACGUGAGGGCUGGGAAUAUGCCGAGUCCCACCAAGGCUGGAGAUCGGUUGUUGCAUGUGCCUGUCAAGAUGCAGGGCGUGACUUGCGGUAGAGAGCAUGUAAGUGGUGGUGUCCUGAUAAGGUACAUUACGUCGGUUGGCCCAUGCGUUGCACCCCCCGCGCAACCGCCGCGUGGGGAAAGUGCCGAGGUCUCGUCACUGAAUGCGGGGAGUUCGGCCCCGGCUGAGUGGAGGGACAGGAGGCCGGGGGACGUCUACUCCCCCACCAAAUCACAACGUCAACUAUCAGUGCCGGUACAUUGCAUUUAUACCAUGCCUCACUCUAUCACCGUCAAAAAGAUCGAGGGGAAGCCCGGAAAGGUGUACUAUCCCCUCCAACUCAAUGAAGUCCCAAAGCCGACCCCAGGGCCCAAAGAUGUCUUGGUACGAUUAACGGCUGCCGCUCUCAACCACCGUGAUCUCUUCAUCCGGCGCCACCUGUAUCCAGGCAUCUCAUUUGAUCACCCCCUUAUGGCAGACGGAUACGGUAUCGUAGUCGAGGUUGGGAAAGACGCAGACAGAAGCCUUAUCAAUAAGCCAGUUCUCAUCACACCCAGCCGCGGCUGGGCUUCAAGCCCGGACGGGCCGGAAGACAUUCGCAAAUUCAGCGUCAUUGGCGCCACCCAGACGUACCCGGACGGCACCGCGCAAGAUUACCUCGCCCUUCCCCAGGACGAGGUCGAGCUGGCCCCAGAGCACCUCACACCCGCCGAAGGCGCCGCCCUACCCCUCGUCGGCCUCACGGGCUGGCGUGCGCUCGUGACGAAGAGCGGAAACGCGGAGAAGGGCAGGAACAUUCUCGUCACGGGCAUUGGGGGCGGCGUGGCGCUCCAGGUCCUCCAGUUUGCCGUCGCGUUUGGCUGCAACGUCUACGUCACCUCUGGCGACGAGGCCAAGAUUGAAAAGGCCAAGAGUAUGGGCGCCGCCGGGGGCGUGAAUUACAAGAAGAAGGGGUGGGAGAAGGAGCUGCAGGCCCAGCUGCCCAAGUCGCGGCCGUACCUCGAUGCAGUGGUCGACGGUGCCGGCGGAGAGAUUGUGGGAAAGGCGGUCAAGGUGCUCAAGCCCGGCGGUGUCAUUAGCCAGUACGGCAUGACGGUGUCGCCGCAGAUGGACUGGCUGAUGCAGGCUGUCCUCAAGAAUGUGGAGCUCAAGGGCACGACUAUGGGUUCCCGAGAGGAGUUUAGAGACAUGGUUGCCUUUGUGAGGGAGAAGAAGAUUAAGCCUGUUGUCAGCCGAACGGUCAAGGGACUGACGAACCUCGAGGGCAUUGACGGGCUGUUCAAGGAUAUGGAAGCAGGCAAGCAGUUUGGCAAACUUGUGGUUGAGUUUGAGGAGCCCUCUGCUAAAUGGUUCCAUUCGGUUGACCGCUAUCUAAGAGAUUCUCAGCCAACUCGUACGUCUAUUCCUUAUGGCCUUGAGUACUUUGCUGUAUUCAGCAGGGCCUACGUUCUCGAGAGGCAUAGUCACACAAACACAAUUUUUGCCAUGGGCUCUUUCAUAGGACUUUCGGUACUUGCUUGGGUUGUGCCAUCCCUAUACCGUUUCUCCAGUCUGUUCUGCCACCUCACUCUUUGCGUAGGCUUCUUGAUCAGACCAAGUGUGCCGCUAGACAUAAUGAAUAUUCACCCCCAAAUCUGGCUACUGGUUUCUUCCAGUCCACCCUCUUGCCUCACACUGGGUAAAGGACCCCUCUUGGGAGGCACUUCUCUCCGCUCGCCCAGCUCCUUCUUCUUUCACCUACAAUAA